AUGCGGUCGGAGAUGGCGCUUUGCAAAUGCAGGAUAGCAAGGUCGCUGGACAUGUACCCGGUGGAGGGGCGCUGGAGACCAGGCUACAGCACUGCACAGGAUCUUCAUGAUGGUAGCAUUGAUGCUAACAAGACAUUGCCAGACUUUGCAAAUGAUGUGUAUGUGCAAUCUUCGUCCAUGGCUGCUCAAUUGAUCCAAAGUGGAUAUGCUAAUACCGAUUCAAGCACUAAUGGAACAAAAAGAACCUCCACCUCCCUGGACGCGGCAGAUACCAGCACAAACAGGAACUCAAGCUCUGAACCUCUGAAAAUAAACAUCUCUGGAAUUGGGUUCAGGAGCUCAAUCCUAUGGGAUUCAGGAAGAUCACUCGUCAGGAGAAACUCAUCAGCAGGCGCUACUCAGGAUCUCAUCCAGAUUGUACAUCAAAUGGCCGUGGAAGGUGAAAACAAGCUUAAGGGCGUCACUUCUGACUGUUCUGAGUCUCAGAUAAUGUUGUGGCACCUAGACAUGCCAAGAUUUACUCUAAUACCUGAAGAACAGGAGACUCAGCAGCAGCAGCAGAGUCUAGUGGUGACUGGUGAGAGACGAAGAUAAACCCACGACAUGAGAUUGUUAGUCGUGGAAGAAGCAUGCUGCGAUGUAAUUAUCAAGAUAGAAUUGGCAAACAAUACCUUCAUCACGUAUAGCAGUUACUUCACAGAUGUGGGCACAACUGAGCCUUGAGUUU